AUGCUGUUUUGGUUAAAAGAAGAAAUGGCCCCCCAGGAGCUCACCCGGCGACUGGCCACCGUGAUCACUCAUGUCGAUGAAAUUAUGCAGCAGGAAGUCAGGCCGUUGGUGGCAGUGGAUAUAAUAGAACAACUUCACAGACAAUUUGCCAUUCUUUCAGGAGGCCGAGGGGAGGAUGGUGCCCCCAUCAUCACUUUUCCAGAGUUUGCGGGGUUCAAACACAUCCCAGAAGAGGACUUCCUGAACGUCAUGACCUACCUGACUAGCAUCCCCAGUGUGGAGGCUGCCAGCAUCGGGUUUGUCAUUGUUAUCGACCGACGAAGGGACAAGUGGAGCUCCAUAAAGGCAUCCUUGACACGAAUAGCUGUGGCAUUUCCAGGAAAUUUACAGCUCAUAUUCAUCCUUCGUCCAUCCUGCUUUAUCCAGAGGACAUUCACUGAUAUUGGCAUUAAAUACUAUCGAGAUGAAUUUAAAAUGAAAGUGCCGAUCAUCUUGUUAAAUUCUGUUUCUGACCUUCAUGGCUACAUUGACAAAAGCCAACUGACACAGGAGUUAGGGGGGACUUUGGAAUAUUGCCAUAGUCAGUGGAUAAAUCAUCGCACUGCCAUCGAAAACUUUGCCUUGACAUUGAAGGCCACUGCCCAAAUGCUGCAGACGUUUGGGGCCUGCCUGGCCUCGACAGAGCUGCCCAGAGGCGUGCUAUCCACCGAAGACCUUCUCAUGUCCCACAUAAGGCAGCGGGACAAGCUGCAGGAUGAGCUGAAAUUGCUUGGAAGGCAGGGGGCCACAUUGCUGUCAUGCAUCCAAGAACCAGCUGUCAUAAAUCCCAGCAGCAAACUCAAUCCCAAUGAACUUGAGAAUGUAGUUACCAUGGAAAGACUGUUAGUUCAAUUGGAUGAAACAGAAAAAGCCUUUAGUCAAUUUUGGUCUGAACAUCACCUGAAGCUUAACCAAUGCCUACAACUACAGCACUUUGAGCACAAUUUUUGUAAGGUGAAGCUUGCCCUGGACAAUUUGCUGGAUGAGCAAGCAGAGUUUACAGGCAUUGGAGGCAGUGUGAUGCAUGUGGAGCAACUGCUUAAGGAACACAAAACACUGGAGGAAAAAGGCCAGGAGCCCUUGGAAAAGGCCCAGCUGCUUGCACUAGUUGGGGACCAGCUCAUCCAAAGCCACCAUUAUGCAGUGGACUCCAUCAGGCCCAGGUGUGUGGAGCUCAGGCACCUCUGUGAUGACUUCAUCAAUGAAAACAAGAAAAAAUAUGACAUUUUAGGAAAGUCCUUGGAGUUGCAUAGACAGCUAGACAAGGUCAGCCAGUGGUGUGAGGCGGGAAUCUACCUCUUGGCUUCCCAGGCUGUAGACAAAUGCCAGUCUCGAGAGGGAGUUGACACUGCCUUGAACGACAUUGAGACAUUCAUGGGCACAGCCAAGGAGUACCAGUUGCCUUGCCCCAAGGAGUUUUAUAACCAGUUUGAGUUGAUACUCACCCAAGAUGUAGAGGCCAAAGCUCAGAAAAUCUUGCAGAAGCUGAAUGAUGUGCAGGAAAUAUUUCACAAGAGGCAAAUGAGUCUGAUGAAACUGGCAGCCAAACAGACUCGCCCCGUGCAACCUGUGGCCCCUCAUCCUGAGUCUUCCCCAAAAUGGGUGUCAUCGAAAACCAGCCAGCCUUCCACUUCAGGGAAGAUUUUCUUUGUCCCUCUAGCUCCUCCUCUGAGAACAUCUGAGGAACCUCAUACAGAGACAAAUUUGAACUCCCUGGAAAAGGAAAAUGAUGAGACCAAAUUUGAAGUCAAGAAUGAAGAAAUCCUUGAGAGCAGGCAGGAUGGGGAGAACUCUGGGCUAGAGCAGCUGGCCAGCCGCGGAGACCUUUCCCCCAGCAGGAGCAUUAUACGUGACUUGCUUGAGACCGAAGAGAUUUACAUAAAAGAAAUGAAAAGCAUAAUUGAUGGAUAUAUCACUCCAAUGGAUUUUAUUUGGCUGAAGCAUCUAAUUCCAGAUGUUCUUCAGAAUAACAAAGACUUUCUCUUUGGGAAUAUUAGAGAAAUUUAUGAAUUUCACAACAGGAGUUUUCUAAAAGAUUUGGAAAAGUGUGCUGAAAACCCUGAGCUUCUGGCACAUUGCUUUCUCAAGAGAAAAGAAGAUCUUCAAAUAUAUUUUAAAUACCAUAAGAAUCUGCCCCGAGCUAGGGCAAUCUGGCAAGAGUGUCAAGACUGCGCCUACUUUGGGGUAUGCCAACGCCAACUGGAUCACAAUCUCCCUCUUUUUAAGUAUCUUAGAGGACCAAGCCGGAGACUUAUAAAAUACCAGAUGCUGCUCAAGGGUCUGCUGGAUUUUGAGUCUCCUGAAGAUUUGAAGAUAGACCCGGGUGACCUAGAAGGAGGCUUGGCUAAGGAUGGGCCAAAGAGGACCAAGGAUUCAGCAUUCUCAGCCAAACUACAGCAAGCUUUGGCGGUGAUAGAGGAUUUGAUCAAGUCCUGUGAGCUGGCCAUAGACCUAGCAGCGGUCACUGGAUGUCCGGAUGAUAUUGGCAAACUGGGCAAGAUGUUGAUGCAUGGCCCUUUCAACGUCUGGACAAUCCACAAGGAUCGUUAUAAAAUGAAGGAUUUUAUUCGAUUUAAGCCCAGUCAGAGGCAAAUCUAUCUAUUCGAAAGGGGAAUAGUGUUCUGUAAGAUACACGUGGAGCCUGGUGACCAGGGGCUGUCUCCUCAUUACAGCUUUAAGAAGUCUAUGAAGUUGAUGACACUCUCAAUUCGCCAACUUGGAAGGGGGAGCACUAAAAAGUUUGAAAUUGCCAACCAAAAUGGACUUGAGAAAUACAUCCUGCAGGCAGCUUCAAAAGAAAUCAGAGAUUGUUGGUUUUCAGAAAUAAGUAAAUUACUGAUGGAGCAACAAAACGAUGUUAAAGGAUGCUCCAGCAGGAAGUUUAUCUCCAUGGAAACCUUUGAAAAGUGUGAAGGUGCAGAAGACAUGGAAAAGGAGAACAGCGCUCUCAGCCUCGCCGGGCUUUUCCAGUCGGACGACAGUUAUGAAACCCGUGCCUCCGAAUCGGCUUUCCUGGAGACAGGGGAAAGCAGCCAGGGAGAAGCACGCGACGCGGAGGAAACGGCAAGCACCGAGGAGCGCGACGGGGUGUCCACUGGCGAGCUCGCUCCCGCGGGGGAGACGACCGGCCCCCGGGCAGAGGCGGUGCCGGCGCGGGCGGGACGCCAGAGGACGAGGACGACCUCCCCGCAGAACUGA